AUGUCUAAAUCCGCUUCCCAGAACGCUACUGGCGAUUCUCCCGAACGCACCUUCUCUUAUGCAGAUGCGGCCAAGAAGUCGUCUGAACCAAGUCGUGACAAUUCCCCAGCAUGUGUUGCCGUUGCAUCGCCUUCAGGAAAGUCGGGAUCAUCGGCACCGCAGACCCCAACUCCAGUUUUGCGCCCGGUGGAAACGAACGAGACUGAGGUGUUGCCAUGUGCCGAUGUGCCUGCGGGAGCCUCUGGUGCUGCCGACGGGUUAUCCUUUUUCUAUGAUGAAACGGAAGCUACCAAUCCUGAAGAGACUCCAAAUGAAGUGGAGAGCGGAGCAACACCCCAAAACGCUUUUGUACUAAAUCUUGGUGGAAAGACUGUGCAUUUUGCGAAAGGAAUGGCAUCAUCACCCGUCGAUGCACCUUCAAACAGUCACCAUAUGUGUAUGGCCGAAAUGUUGGCACAGCGAUGGAAAAUGUUCCAAGAGGGUCACGUGCCUCAAAUUUAUCAACCGCGAAUCGCUUCGUCGUAA